AUGGCAAACAGAAAACAUUUAUCUAUCUCUUCAAAGUCGAAUGCCGUUAUAGAAGCCGGAGGACAAUGCCCGGCUUACAAUGACCCCGCUCACCCUAUAUUGCUACCAGAUCCCACCGACUGCCGCAACUACUUCACCUGCUACUUCGGCCAGCUCCAAAAACGGCAGUGUCCUUCGAAUUUGUACUGGAGCGAGACUCGCUAUCGCUGCGACCUCAAGCAGUAUUCAAAUUGCGUCGAGGAAGAGUACAAUCCUCAAGUGGAGUACAGACCCUUUCCUGGGGAUUGCUCUCGUUUCUACGUGACACAAGUUCAACUAUGCCCGGAUAACUUACACUUUAGUCCCACUUAUGGCAGAUGUGUCGAUCACCGGUAUGCCGGAUGUGAGGCUCUUCCUUGGGAUCCCAGCCAGCAAGGUAAUGGGUAUAUACCCAGCGGACACAUCCCCAAUACGGAUUAUCUUCCCAUCGAUCCACCAGAUUUGUGCAACAAUGUUGCAUCCAAUGCCUAUAUCCCGUAUCCUGGAGACUGUCAAAAGUUUAUCCAUUGUGGUCCUAGGGCCACUGUCUUACUAUGCCCCGGCGACUUGUUCUGGAAUCCCUUGAAAUCUUCUUGUGGCGUUGACAAAACUUAUUGUUAAGGGUUUUAAUUAAUAACCAUCAAAUAUUUGACAAACUAUUGCUUUUGCAAUCUAAUAUAUACAAUAAAAUAUGC